CAGGGUGUUGCCAACGUCAUAUCUGCGCCUGCCAACGGCGGCCGAAAGCUGUCUCGCGGCGCCUUACCAACGUAGCCGUUUAUCCUUUGUUCUCGAAUGUUACCAAUUUUCUGCAUCGCAGGCCGCGGUCGCGCCUUCUAAUCGUCUCCAUCCCCCUUGCCGCUCUUUCUCUUUCUCUUUUCUUGCAUCUCGCUUUCCUUAGCCUCGCUCGCAUCCUUUGCACCACAGACCGGCGCCCGUCUCGGGAUGCCCCGGUAAGACGCAAUGAGGGUGAGAGCUUAUCGGCCGGAGACGAGGUGGGCGACACGGAUUAUACCAUUUGUUCUGGCUGGCGCUGUCGGAUUUUCCACCUAUGUUGUGGUCAAACGCAUUUGCCUGGACUACUUCCUCUCCAGCUGGCAACGAUCCGGCGCCGCGAUCGCAUUCAUCGUUCUACACUUGUUAUUUCUCGUUUUGAUGCUAUUGACGUAUUUCCGCGUCUUUUUGGUCAUUCAAACCAACCCCGGGGUCGUACCACUCGGACCCAAAGCAACCGAACAAAAUACCCUUGAGAAGCGGAAGAUGAAGGGGAGACGAAGGCGGCGCGGCCAAGGAGACAGCGAAGGAGCCGCCGAAGGUGACCUUGAAGCUGCCAACCAGUACGACGGACGGCCAGACGAAAAUCCCGACAGUCCGGGACUCGAAGAAUACUAUAGCAAGGACGUAUUUAUAUGCGAGACGGAUGGCCGGCCACGCUGGUGCAGCACAUGCUGCAACUGGAAACCGGAUAGGGCACACCACUGCAGCGAAAUCGAAAGAUGCGUGCGUAAAAUGGACCACUAUUGCCCAUGGGUUGGCGGUAUCGUCGGGGAGACUAGCUUCAAGUUUUUUGUCCAGUUCACGUUUUACACUGCUCUAUAUUGCAUUGUGGUAAUUGUUGCUGCCGCGCUAUGUCUGAGGUGGUUGGCUACCAAUGGACUUGGAGUGGAUGGGUUUGUUAUCGCCGUCCUGGCAAUUGGCGCCUUUUUCGGCCUUUUCACGACGACAAUGGCACUCACAUCGAUACGGUACAUAGGCCUCAACCUCACAAACAUCGAUUACUUGAAGUCCAAGUGUAUUGUCCACCAGUUGGCAAUACGAGUUCCUCGAGGCACUCCACUAGGCCCGGACUACGGAGUCGUGCACUAUCCUUUGCCCAAAUCAGCCGAUGGGCUGAGUUCUCCAGAAUCCGCUCUGGCGGGCGGUAAAGGACCCUUUUCUGCAAGAGACCAACUUGCUACUCGCACAUUUGCAAUCGUCAAGACCGAAAUGGGCGAGAACCCGUGGCAGCUCGGCGUCUACCGCAACUGGAAAUCGGUUAUGGGAAAUAACAUUAUCGAUUGGUUCUUGCCCUUUAAUGAUUCGCCCUGCUCAACUUUCGAAAACAACGAGAGUUACUACGAAAUGGGUCCGUUGUAUAAUCAACUGCGGAAGAGAUUUAACCUACCAGAGAUCUCGAUCGAGAGCGAAGAGUCAGAAAUGAAGAAGUUGGAAAAAAAGGGGCAGCAUCAGGCAAACGGGUUAUAGGAAUUCAUGACGUGUACAAAGAUACCCGGGGUAUUUUAGGUGGCGCUGGAUGGCAAUCUUUUCUUUAUGCUCUGCAAUUAUUUUUACUCCAGAAUCGGAAGAUACACACGCGAUAAUGUAAUUAGACUUGGAGGUCUCACAAUCCAGGAUUCAGGAUACAUGGUUGAGUUCGGAGAAGAGCGCAAAUGGUAUCAACAAACAGGUUCAGCUCAUGUGACCAAUCACGUUCAACUAACGCGGGGCAUGGCUGGUUAUCAGGUAGAAAAAUAUACGUUUAUCCUGAA